AUGGCUGAGGACCCUCAGAGGAACUUCCGUUCUGCCUAUUAUGAGAAGGUGGGCUUCAGAGGGGUGGAGGAGAAGAAAUCACUGGAGAUAUUACUGAAGGAGAACCCACUGGGUACGUACAUUACAGUACUUCUACUGUUACAACAGCUACAUCAUUAUUAUUAUCACUGCUGCUCUGCUUCUAUCUGCAAGUCUGUUCAUAUGCGUUUUUGUGUUCCUUUGUCAGACGUGGAGAAGCUGAGCACUUUCAGUCAGAGAUUCCCUCUACCCUCAAUGUACAGGAUCCAUGUAUGGAAAGUGCUGUUGGGUAAGUCUUUAACACAGACGACACACAGGCUUCAGACCAUAUUUCACAUACUAGCACACCUCUCAGCCCAUAGAAAACCCUAUUUCUCACCAGACACACAUACACUAGACAGAUCAAUCGGACAGACCAACCCACUGCCUUGAUUGCGUGACAUACUGAUGUGACCCACCCUGUGUCUAUCUCUAGGUAUCCUUCCUCCCCACAGUGACUCCCACUCCCUGGUGGGAGGGUACAGGCGGGAACAGUACCAGGAUGUGUUGGAGGCCCUGGAGGUAAUGAGGUUUGUCCACAUGGCCACGCCCCAGACGCAGGUGUACCUACGCAUGUUCCAGCUGGAGAGCCAAGUGCUGCCCAGACGCUCUGAUACCACACCCCCGGUAAGAGGAGAGCGAAGAAGAGACCUGGGGGGCAUUGUCUUUUUUUUUUUUUUUUUAAAGGUCCAAUACAGAUGUUUUUAUCUCUAUCAAAUCAUUUAUGGGUAACAAUUAAGUACCUUACUGUGAUUGUUUUCAAUUAAAAUUGUAAAACAAUUUACAAAAAUAGCUUCUUAGCAAAGGGCAAUUUCUCAAGCAAAAAUGUUUCUAGGCCUGUCUGAGUUGGGAGGGGAAAACUGAAGAUUAGCUGUUAUUGGCAGAGGUUUGGAACUCUCUUAUUGGUCUAUUAACUAAUUUACCACAUGUUGAUGUCAUUAUGGAAGGCCAUAACCUAAACAGGCUGAAAUUCCAGGCAGUAUUUUCAAUCAGCUCUUACACUUAAAGGGCAUUAUCAUAAUUUUCACAAUUUCAAAGUAUUAUUCCAACUUGUAGUGUGGAAGUAUACAGUGCCUUCGUGUGUUUUUGUUCUACCUUGUUAUUUUUAGUACUACAUUGAUAUUGAUUACUGCAUUGUUGGGUUUAGAGCUUGCAAGAAAGGCAUUUCAUUGUACUUGUGCACGUGACAUUAAGACUUGAAACUUGCCUGGUCCUACUCAGGAAUUUGAUUGAACUUAUUCUUUGUUCUCGGUAGAAUCCGUAGGUUAGGCUACUUAUGUGUGAGACUGACAGGUGUGUCUCUGUUUCAGGACGAGGAGGAUGAGGACUUCCUGUCCAUAGCUAGAGCCAUGGAGGAGAUCGUAGAAGACUCUGUGGAUUGUUAUUGGCUGAUCAAAUGCUUUGUCAACCAGUUCAACAAUAAGUUUGGAGACUCCAUUCCCCACCUGGUGAGUAGUGGAUUGGAGGGUGGGUAAGGGAAUGAAAGGGGUGGUCUAGUGCUCAUUGUUGUUGUCGAUACUGCUACUGUUGUUAUUGUUGUUGUGUUGAUAGUCAAGUAACCAGCAUAAAAAUAUACAUGUAGCAGAUGUGUACACUGCAUCUAUCUCUCAACACAUCUAACCCCUUCCCCCCCUAUCUGUGUCCGGUUGGUUUAGCCCAAGAGUCUGGAGCACUACCUGAGUGUGGAGGAGCCCCGGCUACUGAACCAUCUGAAGAAUACUGGGGCCCUCGCCAUGCUGCCAUACAGCCUGUGGUUCAGACGCUGCUUUGCUGGCUGCCUGCCAGAGUCUAGCCUGCAGAGGUUAGGCACACUGAGGCUUAUUUCUCUCAACAACCCAGCCACACAGGCGUGAGAGGUGUAAUCUUUGCAUAAACAAACGACAUUUGUUACAUGAAGCACUUUGCUGUUCUGUGCAGCGGUGUGGGUCUGGGACUUGGUUAGAGAAGUAAUGUGCCAUGUUAGCUAUGAAGCUUUCAGGAAACUCAUCACUGUUCUAUUAUGCUGGUAUUCUGACUCAUGUCAUGUGUUCUGCGCUUUCAGGGUGUGGGAUAAGGUGAUCAGCGGGUCCUGUAAGAUCCUGGUCUUCGUUGCCGUGGAGAUCCUUCUCAGCUACAAGAUCGUGGUAAUGGGAACCAGCAGACCAGAGGGAGUGGUCAACAUCCUGUGCAAUGUGAGUGAUGUCAUCAUCAUAGGAUGAUCUGUUAUUGGUCAUAAAUCAUGUUGAUUAGCUGCAGGUUUGAGACUUUUCUCCUUUGUCUACCAAUCACAUUGAUUUGUUUUCUCCUCUACUACCAGAUGCCCCAGGAGAACACUGAUGCAAUAGUGACUAAAGCCAUUGACCUGUGGCACAAAUACUGUGGCACCCCCAUGCACUCUGUAUAG